AUGUUCGAUGAAGAAGAUGCUGGUGAGGAAGAAAAUGCGUAUCAUAUUUUUGUCCAUGAGAUCGAAAAGGAGGAUUGGCAUCACCUCAUCAUUGAUUACCUUAAUCAUGGGAAGUUACCAGAAGAUCCCAAGAAAAGGGUUGAUAUACCUAUGAACAAACUUUGUGAAAAGUUUCAUUUCAAACAAUACAAUUCGUCCAUGUACUACGCUGCCGCAAAUGGACUCGCUGAAGCAUUCAACAAGACCUUAUGUAAUCUGUUGAAGAAAAUCGUGGAUAAAUCGAAAAGGGAUUGGCAUCUUCGAAUUGGAGAAGCACUUUGGGCAUACCAAACUACUUUUCGAACUCCCAUGGAAGCGACCCCAUACGCGCUUGUUUACGGUGUUGAAACUGUUCUUCCACUUGAGUGUCAAAUACCUUCGCUAAGAAUUGCGAUUCAAGAAGAGCUCAGUGAAGAAGAUAAUAUUGGAGAGUUAACACUCGUUGUUCGGAGAUCGAUCAUUCUCACUCAUGGCGGACAAAGAAAGUUUACUCCUAAGUGGGAUGAUUCAUAUGUUGUUCGAGAAGUGUAUACAAAUGGCUCCUACAAGUUGGUUGCUGAGGAUGGAUUAAGGAUUGGCCCCAUUAAUGGCAAGUACCUAAAAAGUGCAGACUUCAUAUCUUCAAGUUCUUUCACUGCGUCAUCAGUCAAGAUGCCGAUACUUUCAAUAGAAGAGAGCUCAUCAUGUGCUCGGGUUAUUUCAGUCUAG